AUGAAGCUGACCGAUCAGCGCAAGCGUCUCACCCUCCCCACGGAGCUCCUGCACAUGAUAAUGUUCGACCUGGAGCUGGACGAUCUCCACAAGUGCCGAUUGAUCUGUAGAAGCUGGAAUGAUGCGGCAACCGCGGAGCUGCGCUCUUUCGCUGUUCUGAACCGCGGCCGCGUCCAGCGUCGCUGGGAUCCCGAGGCUGCAAAGAGCGGGGAGACCUACACCCCGUUCUGGAGCCAUUUCUCAAACGCAUACUGGCUGCACCCCUUCCACGGCUCCCGCCUCAGGCAACCGCCUCUGAAAGAGAUUUCAAUCGGCCUUCACCAUCCCCGGGAGUGCCAGCACCUCAGCACGGAAGAAGAGGUUGGAAUUUCCAAGCUUCUCGAGGCCGCGAAGAACCCCUACAACUACGGCCUGCCUAGCCACCUCCCGGUGCUCAAGAUUACGCUGCAGAGUAGCCCUCUGUUCGAGAACUACUGGCGCAUCGAGGACGACCCUGAUUGCACUCCCUUCGAGCAACCCACACCAAUCUACGGGUAUAAGGUCGCAAACAUGCACGGCGAGUACAUCGCCACUCCCUCGAAGCAACCGUACACAGACGGCGUGAACGCUGUGCGGCCCGAUGACCUCACAGUUCAGUUCACGCACUGCGGGUUCAGCGACCUCGUCGGCGCACAGGUGAACACUAUCGGCAAGCUUGUCCUCUACAACGUCCCUUUCAUGUACGGUGAGGUGUCGGACGCGGUCUACGACCGUUUUCACCACAAGGUCGAGGAGAUGGUGUGGGUCCUGACGUAUCCUGGCCGCUGCAAGGUGUCGUUCGAGUGCAACGACAUGGGUCUCUGCGGCGAGCACGCCACGGGCAUUCCCGACUACAAGGCCAAGGACCUCGCCCGCAUCAUUCCGACGGACAAGGACCGCCGGCUUAAGAAGGUCACGAUCGUCUUCAAGCCCAAGGACCCGAGCAUGAAGUGGGACAAGGGGUGCCGCCAUCGCGAGCGGCGUGGCGCCUGGUGGGCGCCCAGGCUGCUCGGCAACCUCGCUCGUGAGCUCGCCAAACCCGAGUACGCUGGCAUUGACUUCGAGUUUGUCAACCUCGACUGCCUCUCCCUUCUCCAUGCCUGGAAGCCUGGUCGUGUGAUCGAGCCUCAGAUUCGCAGGAAGUACCUCCCCGAGUGGCUGCGGAACAUGCCAGGACUGGAGUCGUACGGCGACGAGAUCUGUCUGCACGCCGAGCUCGACGGUAUCAUGCGCAUGGCGUACCACGACGCCAUGUGGGAGAACCCCGAGGUUGAAAUCGAGGAGGUCAACCUCCGCAGCACGCAGCUGAGCUUCACCACCAUGAAGGACUGGGUUGAGUCUGAGGGCGCCUACGGCAUUCUCACUGCCAAGGAGAUCUUCCGCUACAAGGAGUUCUGGAGACUUGGCCCUGAGAAGUACUAUUACCAAUACCCGCACUCGCACAACUUCUUCACCGACGAGCAUCGCCAUCGCCCUGAGGAGAGGAGGAGGAGGUGGGCCGAUGACGAGGAGUCAGAGUCGGACUGGGAGUCGGACGAGCCUGUGUCGGACUCAGAGUCAUUGAUUGAGGAUACCUCGCACUUGUAA